AGUGAAGCUGUUCUGUUGACAAAUAUCGGGGGAGGGACCACUGCGGCUCAGGCUGCGGGAGAGAGUGAAGACGGUCUCCUCGUUCAAGACUGUCGGCAGAAAUGAAGAGCCAACAGAAAAGCCCUGAACCAGAUGGGAGUGUUACUGUCAACGAGGAAGGGUCCGUAGCCACCGCAGAGGACCCGGCUGCUAUUGCCACCAUUCAGUCUGCUGCCACCUUCACUGAUCAACCCAUCAAAUAUCUCUUCAAGACAGAAGGAGCAGGCGGACAGGUGACCUACAGGGUGAUCCAGGUGUCGGAUGGUCAGCUGGAGGGUCAGACAGAUGGAGCUGCGGCGGUCAGCCUGGUCACAGGUUUCCCUGCAACCACUCAGACUGUCACGCAGGCUGUGUUCUCUCAGUCGGAGGGGUUGGAGGGAGACAGCGGCGCUGAGACACAGUACACCUACUAUCCCGCCACCAUCGCAGACGCCACAACUGGCACCAUGGUGACCACAGUGCAGGCAUCUGAUACGCUGCUGGGACAGACCACACCCACAGGGCAGCUCUACGUGAUGAUGUCACCCCAGGAAGUUUUGACGGGAUCCAAUCAAAGGACAAUCGCACCUCGCACUCAGCCAUACAUAGCAAAGCAAGAGGCUCCUCGGGCUUCCAGAGACGAGAAACGGCGAGCUCAGCACAACGAAGUUGAGCGUCGGCGCAGGGACAAGAUCAACAACUGGAUCGUACAGUUGUCCAAGGCCAUACCAGAUUGUAACGUGGACUACACCAAGACAGGACAGAGUAAAGGAGGCAUUUUGUCCAAAGCUUGCGAAUACAUCAAGGAACUGCGACAGAGCAACCUGAAACUGGGAGAUGAUAUCAGCACGCUUGAUCGUCUCAGGAUUGACAACCAGCUGCUCAGACAGGAGGUAGAAGACUGGAAGUCUAAGAAUCAGAUCCUGAGGAACCUUCUUCGACAGCACGGCAUUGUGGGAUCAUCCAGCACAGACCCCCAGUGAGAAGCCUGCAGGCGACAACCACAUAUGGGCCAAAAGAGUACUUGAAAACGCUUUGAGAUACUUCAUUUGUGAUCGAGUGUGCAUGAAAUAGGAAGAAACAAUUGAAUAUUGUCCUAAAUAUUCAACUCCAGUGUCUUUACUAAAAUGACACGUAUUUGCUUUUUGAAGGUUUUGUAAAAAAAAUCAUUUGCUCUGGAGAAUGCAACCCAAUCAUCAUAAUAACAAGAAGUUUUGAAAGAGAGGAAGUAGUCCAAUCAGUUUAGCAAAGCGCUGAAAGAACGUCUUCCUCCUCGCAAACAUUAUUAUACGAUUAUUUCAUCAACAUCCAGUAGAGUAAGCUCUAAAAACACUUCUAAUGUCAGUUUCUUUUCCUAACUUCGGCAGUACUCUGCUUCUCUGUAUCAAAUGCACUCUUGUUUAUGUCUCCAAACACCGUUGUAUUCAUGCUUUGACUUGUUUUCAUCUCUUUUCAAUAUCACUUUGACCUGAUGAUACCAAGUUCGUCAUCCAGUUCAUAAUUCAGCUUAUUUUUGAUUUGUAUUUUUGUAUGUCGUUACAUUAAGCCUCACUGGGGACAAUAAUUACAUUGCAACAAUGUAACUAACUAAAUAAACUGGGUUGAGUAAGCAUUGUGUGGUAGGUAGGCUAUGUAGUAUGUCUUUAUAAUAAAAAAAAUCAA